AUUGUUAGUGAUUGAGCUGAUGGAAAUGGAGAAGCUGAAGGAGGCUUUGCGUUUUACCUGCUCUUCUGAUUUCUUGAGGAUGGCUCUGUUCUGGAACUUUGCUCUACUUUCUUCUUACUUUCAAUUGCUUAAAGGAAGGUUCUUUGGCUCAAAAUCAACAACUUCCUUUUCUUCUUCUUCUUCCUCCAUGAAUACUUCUUCUUCUUCACAGAGACCUAUUUGUGUUAUCACUGGUGCUACUUCGGGUCUUGGUAAGGCAACUGCGUUUGCUCUUUCAAGGAAAGGCUUCUACGUCCUUCUUGUUGGACGGUCCUCUUACUUACUAUCAAAGACGUUGACUGAAAUCAAGAAGCAGAACGAAGAUGCUCAACUCAAAGCUUUUGAAGUUGACAUUUCUUCUUUUCAAUCGGUUUCAAAGUUCAAAACUUCUCUAGAGCAGUGGCUUUUAGAAUCAGAUUUACAUUCUUCUAUCCAACUGUUGGUUAACAACGCUGGAAUACUAGCUACAUCGAGCCGACCAACCGUUGAAGGCUUUGACAGGAUGAUGGCUACAAACUAUAUCGGUGCAUUCUCCUUGACAAAACUACUUUUACCGCUUCUGAGAAACAGCCCUGUGCCUUCACGUGUCGUUAAUGUUACUUCUUUCACACAUCGUUCUGUUUUUUCUGCGAGGUUUGACAAGGAUUCAGUUACGGGAGUGUACUCUUCUGAAUCAAAGCAAUAUCCAUGCGCUAGUAUCUAUCAGUAUUCCAAAUUAUGCGUUCUACUCUUCUCAUACGAGCUUCAUAGACAGCUUCGCCUCACGGAUGAUUCACAUCACAUCUCUGUUGCAGCGGUAGAUCCAGGAGCAGUGAAAACAAACAUAAUGCAUGAGCUUCCUUCAUAUAUACAAGUCUUGGCGUUUUGCAGUCUCAAGGUUUUUAGACUCAUGCAGUCCUCAGAGGGUGCAGCUGAAUCUGUCAUUGAUGCUGCUUUAGCCCCACCUGAAGUGUCAGGCACAUAUUUCUUUGGAGGAAACGGGAGGACCAUCGAAUCCUCAGCGGUUUCUCGUGAUCCAAAACUUGCUAAGGAACUAUGGGACACUUCAUGUCUCAUAUUUGAUGAGCUGCAGCAAACUCACACUUGAAAGAUGACAUAGUCAUAGAAUCCAAACUGUAGAAACUUUCUGAUUUGUUCAAGAGUCUUUUAGAGAUAUAUAGUUUAAUGUGGCCUUGCCUCCUCUUGGCAGUUUGGAAGUA